UGCAUUUUUACUCAGUCAAUCAGACCCAAGAGUGUAGAAAAAAAAAAAAAAAACUUAAGGUCAAUGUGACCCCGCGGAGAGCGUGAGGGUUAAACUGACACUUGCAUGAAACUAAACCCGAGCUAGACCAGACCUAAACCAGAACGGGACCAAAUCAAAUCUGCAUAGACAAACGAGUCCAAAACCAGGACCAAAACUAGUCCAAAACCAGGACCAAACCAGGACCAAAUCGGGAUCAAAUCAGGACACAUAACGCGGAAGUUGUGAGUCCUGCACGAACUAAAGACUAAAGUGUCUUUUUCCGUCAUUUUCCAACAUGGCAAUCGUAAGCGCACUGUUAAACUGGCUUCCUCGGGUCCUUUCAUUGUCUCUGUGUGUGUUUUUCUUUGCGUUUCUCGGAUAUUGUCUUUACAUCAAAUACCAGCAUCUCAAAUAUGACCACAUCCCUGGACCGCCACGAACCAGUUUUUUCUUGGGCCAUUCUCCAAUUUUGGUGGAAGUGAUGAAAAAGGAUGGAGGCGUUCAGGAAAAGUUUCUAGAAUGGUCAGAGAUAUAUGGACCAGUGUACAGGAUCAACAUACUACAUAAUGUGAUGCUUGGAGUGCACUGCCCAGAGGCUACAAAGGAGAUUCUCAUGUCCCCAGAAUACCCCAAAGAUAAAUUCUUCUUCAAGCGUGUGUCCAAACUUUUUGGUCAAAGGUUUUUGGGGAAUGGUCUUUUGACAGCGCGAGACCACGAGCAGUGGUACAAACAGAGACGCAUCAUGGACCCCGCCUUCAGCAGCCUAUAUCUGAGAGGUUUGACGAGCACCUUUAAUGAGAGAGCAGACAAACUGAUGGAGAAGCUUUCUGAAGAGGCCGAGAACAAAACCGUGGCCAACAUGCUCCAUCUGGUCAACUGCGUCGCACUGGACAUUAUCGCCAAGGUCGCGUUCGGAGUUGAUCUGGACCUGCUUAGGUACUCCUCACCGUUCCCCAGAGCCAUCGAGAUGUGUCUCCAAGGAAUGUGUCACUAUAUCCGAGAUGCAACCUUCGAGUUCAGACCUCAGAACUGGUCGUACAUUAGUGAAGUGAGGAAAGCCUGUGAUCUGCUGCGUUCCACUGGAGCUCAGUGGAUCAAUGAGAGGAAGACGGCCAUGCAAAACGGAGAGGAGGUGCCCAAAGACAUUCUCACACAGAUCAUCAAAUCAGCCGGACAAGAGGAAAGCAUGACCAAGGAGGAUGAAGAGUUUAUGUUGGACAACUUUGUGACCUUCUUUAUCGCAGGCCAGGAGACCACCGCCAAUCAACUCGCCUUUUGUAUCAUGGAACUGGGACGACACCCGGAUAUUUUAGAGAAAGCGAAGAAAGAGGUGGAUGAAGUCAUUGGAAUGAAGAGAGAAAUAAGCUACGACGACCUGGGAAACCUGACGUAUCUCUCACAGGUGCUGAAAGAGACGCUCAGACUGUACCCCACUGCCCCUGGGACGUCCCGUGGUCUGAUUAAAGACACGGUGAUAGGAGGCAUCAAUGUCCCAGCAGGAGUGACAGUUAUGUUCAGCAGCUACACCUGUGGUCGCUUGGAGAAAUUCUUCAAAGAUCCACUGAAGUUUGACCCAGACAGAUUUCAUCCUGAUGCUCCCAAGUAAGAAACACCUUACUUACCUUUU